UAUAGUCAUAUGUGUUUACUUACACAUAAAAAUAUGUUUUCUGCUCAGUAAUACAAAAAUAAAUCUGUAUGAAAAUAAGCUUUGGUAGCUCACAGUUUACAGUUUCAUCACUUACAUUUUAUUUAUUUUUUCCUGAGGAGGCAAUAUUUUUCAGGUUUUGUGAAGUCAUAGACAAAUCUGCUUAUAAAUGGUUAAAUAUAGGCUAUGCAGGAAAAAUAAAGCCAAUCACAGUUUAGUAUGCAAAUAUUAUGCCAUUGCUAUCUGUUCACAUUUUGAAUAGUAAAUAUUCAGUCUUGUAAAAUUUUUAUCUUAAAUAUCUUAACUUCGCAAAAGCCUAACACUUUGCAUUGUAUAGAGAGCUUUAAAGGGUGACUCGACACAGAUGGAACAACUAAAGCAGAGGAACGUAAUAAAGAAGUCUGUAUGCCUGGCAAACACUAUAAAAACGGGAUCUCGAGGAAUACACAGCAUGUCUUAAAGAGGGAUGUGUGGGAGACGCAGAAAUCCCUGGUGACGUCACGGGAGCGCUCGGGAGCGCGUCAGCACUGCUUCCAGGAAACAGCGCUCGCGCUCUGAAGACCACAGUCGAGCCCCAGAAGCAUCUUCAGAGGAAAAACAACCGACAUCCCAUCGUUUCCAUCGUCUACCGCGACAUGACGAGCGGGAUUUAAAAUUACCUCUUCAUACGUCAACAUUUAGUUUUUUUAUAUACAGCACUAUGCCAGAGCAAAGCAAUGAUUACCGGGUGGUUGUGUUUGGAGCCGGUGGAGUGGGCAAAAGCUCCUUGGUCCUGCGCUUCGUGAAGGGAACCUUUCGCGAGAGCUACAUCCCCACCGUGGAGGACACCUACAGGCAGGUGAUCAGCUGUGACAAGAGCAUCUGCACGCUGCAGAUCACAGACACCACGGGCAGUCACCAGUUUCCUGCCAUGCAGCGUCUGUCCAUCUCCAAAGGACACGCCUUCGUCCUAGUGUACUCCACCACCAGCAAACAGUCUCUGGAGGAGCUCAAGCCCAUCUUCGAGCAGAUCUGUCUGAUCAAGGGGGACAUCGAGAGCAUCCCAAUCAUGCUAGUGGGCAACAAGAACGACGAGGUGAGCGCUCGUGAAGUGGAGAGCAGUGACGGAGAGGCCAUGGCCAGGAGGUGGAAGUGUGCCUUCAUGGAGACGUCAGCUAAGACAAAUCACAACGUCAAGGAGCUGUUCCAAGAGCUGCUUAAUUUGGAGAAACGCAGGACUGUUAGCCUUCAGAUCGACGGCAAGAAGAGCAAGCAGCAGAAACGAGCCGAGAAGCUCAAAGGCAAAUGUGUGGUCAUGUGAAAAACCAAUACCAAAGUGUGCUUGGAAAACCAAAACGGUUUCACUUUCAGGACACUGAUGCUCUGGCUAACACUGUUUACACCUCAAGACAAGAAUAUUGGACAUACACUUACCGUAGUGCAUUUGCAGGAACAAGGACUGAGACAACAGUUUACUUUCUUUCUUCUGUGGAUCACAACAGUAACAUCUUUGAUGACUACGCUGGCUGCUCAUUUCCAUAUCACAAAGGUUACGCUUUAAAUUCGUUACUUCAGGAAUUAUUUCCUUGUUCUUUGACACAAUUUCCUGUGGAGAAAAAUGCCUAGCGAGCCAAUGUUAUCAUUUUAAUAUAACUUUAGCCUCUCACUGAUGUGAUUGUGAUGCUGCUAUAGGUUUGCACCAGAUUUGACCCUGUCCUAGACCACACAAAAAGAGAAAAUGUCUGGUAAACAGAGGCUAACGUGCAUGAACACAAUGGCAGUACUAAUGCAUUUUCUGUUAUCAACAAUGUAGACUAACGAAAAGCAGUGCAAUCAGUCCUGCUCAUAGCUUUAAAUCUGUGAUGUGGAGAGCAGCGUUCCUUACAGCACAGGCUGGGCUACAGUACAUUAAUGUGCUGUACAGUAUAAAAAAUACGUCAUAUAUGGCAGUUCAUGAUUACAUGCAUCAUCUGGAGCAGGUAGUAGUCAAUUAAAACAAGCUAAAAGGUUUUUGUUCGACCUGCAAUUUAUUAUUAAAGUAAGGCUGCUAUUGUUUUAUUUUACUUCCAUAUGCCUUAGAUUGGACUUUCUUUUUUUGGAAAAAAAGAGUUCAUGAAUGUGCAUUUUCAAAAAGAAAGUUGACUAUUUUCCUAGCACAGUAUUUGUAUCGAGGCAUAUUGUAGUAUGAAAGGAAAGAUCAGCUAAAUUCACAUGAGCAUGAAUAACCUGUAAAACUUUAUUUUUGUCUAGAUAUAUUUACCUGAGAAGCAAAUGUCUUAAGAUAUUAAAUCUUCUUUUCUGAUUUUAUUUUUUAUUUUUACAUAUUUGCUUAAAAGAAGAAAAUAGAUGUCAGUGGGGUAAGAAAAUUAAUAAUUCAUUCACAGGAAAGACAAGUGUUUUUCUGGUCUCAUUGGCAGAUAUUUUUUCUUGUUUUAAGCUAAACUUAUCGUUUUUUAUAGAAAAUAGGACUUUAUAUCUUAAGUAAUUGAGCUUUUCUUAAGUAAAUGCAUCUUGAUUUAAUAAUGUUUAGAUAUUUGUUAUGGAAAACAACAAAGAUACUAAGUAAGAAAAUCAGUUUUUGCAGUGUGGCUGUGUCAGUUCUGAAUAUUGUAAACAAUAAUGAUAUUAAAUAUUAGUUAUUCAUAUUUAAAGUGUUCUUUAGAGUAAACUAUUAUGAUCUAUCCACUACAUGUUUAGUAAAAUAUCAGCAAGUGCUUUUGAGAGCGAUAUAUCUAUUUUGUAAUUCUCUAUUUUAGCAUGACAGUGAAAUAUAAAUCAAGUUCAAGUGCUACACUGUAUGUAAACUCUCUUGUGGUGAUGUAAACGGCUGUAUAUUAACUACAGUAGAGUACUGAAGACCUUUAAUGUGAUACUAAACUUGAAUCUGUGCAAAUGUUGCUCAUGAGAAUUUGAAUGGAUGCAGGAAUUGCUUAGUCCCAAAGCUUACAGCGGGUUUCUGUUAUACGUCUGAUAUAUAUGUCUGUAUAGACAUCAUGUGUGCCUACAAGAUUAAAUGAUUGUAUUAUAGGUCACAAGAAUAAAUAUUAUUAUUCGUUAAGCUGAUUCACAAUACUGUAUGUGUUACUGUACCGGGAGUGUACUUGAAUCAUCCAUUAACUAGAAAUGUAACAUUCACACAUGGAAACAUUUUAAGGGUUGCUGUAGACUCAAAUGAUUGUGUUAAGGUCAGUCUACCAGCGGUCCUUACUCAAACAGAUGAUGAGCGCUUUGGCUCUGAGCAGAACUGAUGCUGGUGUGUGUGUGAGGAAGAAUGUGUGUGGUAUUUAGACAUGUCAGAGUAAUAAGGCUCGUUACCGGCGAGUCAAGGCCUGCAGUAUAAUAGAGCUCCUGCCAGCACUUAACAAGCCUCAAGUGACCAUGAGCUCUGCCAGCAUCAUCCUCCGUUAAUCUGAGUAAAACAUUCUGCUGUUUAGAAACG